GCAAUCGGCCCUAUAACGCGAGAAGUCAAUGAAUUCAGAUGAUGUGAAAAGAAAGAGAUAAAGAGGCGAUUCUCAGUUUCUCUCAGCGAUUGUAGAUCUGUUACAAGUUACAACAGAGAACAAUGGCUGAGAGCGUUUUCAGAUUUCUGUUGGAGAAAUUGAGCUCGCUGUUGUCUGAUGAAGCUAAUCUCCUCCUCGGAGUGAAACAGCAGAGCGGAUCACUCCAGAAUCAAUUCCGAUUGAUUACAGCCUUUCUCAAGGAUGCUGAUAAGAAACAGCAGAGUAGCACACUGAUGGAAGAAUGGGUGAGCCAGAUGAGAGACUUGGUCUACGAGGCCGAGGAUGUUAUAGAUUUGCUCCUUCUAAAAGCAGAGCAACGACGUCAGCAAAACAUCUGUCUCAGGUAUGUCACCUAUCCCUUCCACUUUGUCACUCUCCACAAGACGGGAAAAAGGAUACAAGAGAUCAACAGAAAGUUGGGCAUAUUAUUAUAUGCCAAUAAACCACUUCUUGAGAUACAAACUAUUGAGGAUGCAGGAGAAAGUUCAGGUCAUUCCAACGAACCCCUGCAGCGGAAACGAAGAAGAGAUCUCAAUGUUGAAGAAGGUGACGUAGUAGGCUUUCACAAGGAAGAAGAGGAGGUAACUCGAUUGCUAACACGAGAUGAUGGCCGGCAACUCAUUACUGUUUCCAUCGUGGGUAUGGGCGGUUUGGGCAAGACCACCCUUGCUCGAAAAAUUUACAAUAGCUUUCAUGUUAAACAACACUUUGAUGUUAGUACAUGGGUUUAUGUCUCUCAACAAUUUAAGAUAACAGAACUACUGCAGGCUGCCAUUAAAGGAAUUAAAGUGAACCUCACGGACGAAGAGAGAAGGGAGUUAUGGAUGAAGGACGAGGAAGAUUUGAAGGCCAUGUUGUCUAAUCUUUUGAAUCAAAAGAAAUGCCUCAUAGUUUUUGAUGAUCUAUGGAAGAUAGAGGAUUGGGAGAGUUUAAAAGUUGCACUUGUUGAUCCUGAUGAAGGUAAGCAUUGUAGAGUGCUAAUUACUACUCGCAAUGAAGAUGUAGCCAGGCAUGCUGACCCAUCCAUUGAACCCUGUAGAUUGCUUCAUUUGAACAAGGAAGAGAGUUUGGAGCUCUUCUGGAAGAAGGUAUUCCCUUCUGAAGCACAAAUUAAUGUUGUGGAGACCAAAAAAAUAUUGCAAUUCUUGGCAGAGAAGAUUGUUGAUAAGUGCGGUGGAUUGCCGCUUGCUAUUGUACUACUGGGAGGCCUUUUGUGCCGGAAAAGGAAGACAGCUGAUGAAUGGUCCAGAAUUCAAGUUGGUCUCGAUAGGCAUCUAAACAAUUGUGAAGAAAUCUUGGCUUUCAGUUACAGAGAUUUGCCGUAUCAGUUAAAACCUUGUUUUCUCUAUUUUGGUCUUUUACCAGAAGACCAUGCCAUCAGAAGUUGUAUAAUGAUUGAUAUUUGGAAGUCAGACGGCUUAAUACGAGGAAGACCAGGUAAAAGAAUGGAAGAUGUAGCAGAGGAAUACCUAGAAGAGCUGAUUCAAAGAAGUAUGGUCCAGGUAACAGAAUGGCGCUCCAAUGACGAAAUUUAUAUGUGUCGUAUCCAUGAUCUUUUACGGGAUUUGGCGAUUAAGGAAGCUGAGAAAGAAAAUUUCUUUCAAAUCAAUGGGAAGAAUAGAUUGUCCCCGAAUAGAUCACGCAGACUCGCCAUCCAUCCUCAUGAUGAUACGCAUGACAACACUACAACUACUGGUAUGUCUCAAUCCACAGCUCUAAGCAAUCUUCGUUCAUUUUUGUGCUUCACCGAUAGCCUCCCAAAGGACACAUGGAAGUCCCUUUUUAGAGGCUUCAAACUGCUAAGGGUAUUGGACCUAAGUGAUGUAAAGGACAUAGAGAGCUUACCCAAGGAAAUCGGACAACUUGUCCAUCUCGAACACUUGAACCUGUCCAGAACUCUAAUUCGGGCACUCCCAUCUUGUAUAGGCAAUCUCCGAAAUUUAAAAACCCUUAUUUUAGAGGAAACUUGCAUCAAAAGCCUACCCAUUACAAUAAUAUUAAAACUGAAGCAAUUAAGAAAUUUGGUGCAUUGUCUUUAUUUCUAUACUGCUGAUGACAAAGCUGCCGUCUUUGAUGAGUUUGAAAGGAGUACUUGUAACUGUUAUGGUGUUGCUUCUCUUCCUCCUCCAAGAAUCGACUCUCUACCAAACCUCGAGAUCCUACUGAUGCAUGCAGGCAGUUGGAUAAAUGGUGGGCUCGAUAAAUUAACAAAGCUUAGACAACUAAUGAUAUUCGGUGAAGAAGAUUUGGGAGGAUUUUGUGGGGAGGCAUUACUGAAUGCCAUUUGUAAAUUGAACCAACUUAGAAAUUUAGCGCUGGAAGCAUCAAAAUGUUCAUUCUUGCCUCUUGCCGAUGUUUCAUUUGCACAACACUCUUACCUCUACGAUUUGAGAUUAGUUGGAAAAAUUGGGCCAACUGGAAGACUACCUCCAUCCUGUGAUUUCCCACCUAGUCUCACUGGAUUGUUAUUGAAGAAUACACAUCUAAGGCAGGAAGACAACCCAAUGGCGACGUUAGGAGAGCUAAUAAAUCUAAGGGAGCUCCUCUUGAGAUCCAAUGCGUUUGACGGAAUGACAAUGGCUUUCUCUGCAGGGGGGUUUCCCAACCUCCGACAAUUAUGCCUUCUUGAAUUGGAUAAAUUAGAGUAUAUGGAAUUGGAUCAAGGAACACUGCCAAAUCUCAAGGAAUUAUAUAUAGCGGGAUGCUUUGAAUUGAAGAUGCUUCCCGAUGGGUUGAGACACAUCAGCACCAUGCCGAAACUUGUUCUAAGAAGGAUGCCCAAGCAAUUCAUUGAUAGGGUCCGAGAAGAUGGAGAAGAUUGGGAGAAGAUCAAGCACGUGCCCUAUAUAUCCUUCUAAAGCAGGAGUAGAAGAGAGUGACACGACACAGCAUCAACUUACUCUUCUUCACAGCUGGGAGAUGACAUUGCCGUGCCAGUGAUUUAAUUGCUUAUGCCUUCUUCACAUGUGACAGAUGGUUCCGGCGGAUCAACGGUAUGAGUGCAAAAGAGGCAAUCAGUGGGUUCUCUGUUCAAGGAUUUAGAGAUGCUUUCUAAUAAAUUUCAGAGAUUAUGCCAUAUUAUGAUUGAUGGUGAUGCUUUAAAUGCAUAACCAGGAGUCAGUGUGCAAUUCUUAAUUUCUAAGUAAGACAUAUGUUUUAUUGAUUAGUGUUUUUUUUUUCUUUUUUCUUUCGUGUGUAUAGUUAUGUUUGUUUGCAGAUACAUGUUAUCUCAGUUGUAUUAAUAUUGCAGUUUCUGGAGCUC